AGAGUUUAUGAUGAAGAGGAAACUAAGGAUGAAGAAGAAAAACAUGAUGAAGCAGUUGCUCAGGAAAAAGUAUGUUCACAAUUUACUGUAUAUGCAUGCAGGGGUUGAAAUGUUAAUUUUUUUUGCUCGCCCAAGUGGCUACCAAGGAAUACGAUCUGAUCGACAAAUUUAACAUCAGAUCACUAUGCAAUGAAGAUUUAUUGCAGGUCUUAAAAUAUAUUUUACAGGGCCGUCUGACAAAAUGUCCGAUGACGUUGAGUUUGGGUCGGACGUAUGUCCGACGACCUUCAGUUCAAUUUCGAGAUUCGGAAAUAAGUCUGAAUGCCGACAAAAUAAAUAUCAGCAGAAUGUAUUAAUUCUGAACGGUAAAUGUUGUGAAGAUAUAUUAAUUUGUUUCUUUCAUACUUAUUUCCAAGCCAAAAUUAACUUGCUUUCCAGCACAGCAGUAAAAGUUAAGACAACUUAAGCCCGUUUUCCACUUCACCAUGCAUUUCGCUCCCCGCCCCGCGCUUGACUACGUUAAAACAAAUUUCCAGUUCACCUUUUAUACAAUAGUACUCUGAUUUUCCAUUUAACAUACGAGCCUCUAGUCCUGGGAUAGGGUACAUUUUGAUUUACGUUGGACAAAGCUACAGUUCGGUCGGACACAAAUACACUCAGGUCGGACAAACAAUAAACCUCAAUUUCACUUUGGUCGAACAGAAUGUCUGGUGGUUUCCUCUCUACGUCGGACAAUUUCACUAAUGGGUCGGACAAUGUCCAUGACCGACCGAUAUUUUAAGGCCUGUAUUGAUCAAUAAAUUAAUCCAUGCAUUCGUGAAUUACAUACCUAAUAAUUUUAUCACAUGCAUGUAAUAGUAACAAUUUGUGAAACAAUCAGACUCGUGUUCCAAUCUUAUCUCACCUUCCACCAGUCCAGCAUCAUAUUAGACAUGUUUGUUUCCAACAUAACUCAAAAGUACAAGUUUAAAAAUGAGGUCUAGUCUGUUCUGUGCAUGUGCUGUGCGAGAACCCUCUGAUGUAAACAAUACUCAUAUUUCGACAUCUUCUAAAUUGAAACUCUAAUCUAUAUUCAUUUAAAAGCAUAUAACAAACCAGAACGAUGUUAGAUAUUAACCAAGUGCAUCAUUUUUUAUGAAUAUAUAGUGUCUCCAAAAUGUGAAAAAAGUUAAUUUAUUUCCACUUUUACAGACAUUGGGCUAUUUUUCAGUUCCAUUUUCAGAGUUUAAAAGCAACGCAUUAAUAGUUCCCAGCCACAGGUAGAUUUUGUGUUAUGAAGAACUAACAUUUCGAGCUACAAAAGAUGGUCAUAUGGUGGCAAAAAUCUUCCCCCCCCCCCUAAUAUUUUGCGAGGUGUCCGCCAUGUAUGGUACUAUAACCAUUCGCCCGUUUAUUAACACGUUUUGCGCAUGAUACGCGUUGAUUAUAUGCAUGCGUAUCAUUCGGAUAGGAUGCGACCUAGACAGCCUGACAGGUCAGACUUUUAAAUGGAAAUGUUGUUGGUUAUAGGAAAAAACAAGAGAAGAGUUAGAAACAGAAGUAAUUCCAAAAAUUAAUGAAGCACUUCAAUCUGGACUGGCAGUAUUGGAUGGCGCUUUUGUUACUGUGGAAAUUACUCCCGAACGUGAGUACAUUGUACACUGUCUUUAAAGAUACUGUCUGUAAUAGUAUAUUUAGUAUUGUUGUGUCGGAUUGACGGAUACUGUUUUGUCGGAUACCAGAUAGUUAACAAUUAUUCACCGAAGUGGAAAUGAAUAGUUCAAGGAUGUACAAGCUUAUUAGUAAUUUUAUUCACUAGAAAUAGUUUUGAAGAAUACACUGUACCUCUAAACUUAGAUAUAAUAAGUUGUAACUGUAGUAAUUUUAGCCGUUCACUGUACUGUAUAGGGAAACGCUUGAUUUUGCAGUCAAGGGGGCGAAGAACUUUGCAUGAAGUUGGGUUGAAAGAUUUAAGGUUUGCAAAGGGCCAGGAAAGAUGCGAAACUUUGAGAUAUUUGAAAUUCGUUGGUCAACAUUUCUUCGACACUUUUGUUAACAGAGAUAUCUGAUGAUGAAGACGAAGGAACUUUGCCUGAGAAUUUAAAACCUGAACCAAUUCUUGAAUUAACGGUAAGGAAAAUCACAGUAUACAGUAUGCGCAAUCAGGCCUAUAAAAAAUCUUUUACAGGGCCGUCUGACAAAAUGUCCGAUGACUGUGAGUUUGGGUCGGACAUAUGUUUCGAAGGGAAUCCACUGCAAACUUUGAUUCACUUAUAGAAGAUUGAUUAAUCGCUUAUUUAUCGAUUGUUGAAACCGAUGAGUGAAUUAUAAACAUUAACAAUGCAUAGCAUGCACGCCUCUAUUGUAUGUUAGUGCGUUACCCGCGCAAGAGUGAGAAAUGUUUUAAAACCCUGGUGAAACGACGGUGAGAUUUGAUGAGAGAUGGCAAACGAGAGUUUACAUCAGAGUUUUCUCAACUCUCAUAUCCCGGUGAAACGAGUACAAGCUGUUGCAUGAGAGUUGACUGGAUAUUAUCGCGCGCGUAGCGAAAACUCUCAUCAACUCUCACUAGAAUUUGUUCCAGCUCAAAGUUGAUGAGAGCUGACGAAAGUGGAAUGAGUUGACGCGAGCGAGAGUUUCAACUCCCAUUCUUGUUACACUGGGGCAUGACUCCACUCUAUGUGUUGUGCCAGCCUCGUAUACUGUACGUGUAUUGAAAUAUACAUAUUCGGACUCUAUAUGUACUUUUGUUUGUUUAAUAGGAUGUUUAUGCACAUCGUAAGUUACCCAGUUUCAUUGGCACUCCAGAGUUUCACACAGAUGAUCUAGUUGGCUUGGGAGAGUCAUCCAGUGAAGGUAAUGUAAUAAGAAUAAUAUCUUGGUCAAACGAGAAUGGGAAUUGGCAAGCGAGAGUUUACCUGUGCGUUGCCUCGGGAAACAUUGCUAGUUGAGGGUCCACAAAACAUGUUCACUGUUUCCCGAACGUCCCAGUCCUUAAGUGUUAAUUAUUUGAGAGUUUAUGAGAACGGACUGCAUGAUAUUCCCUUGCGCGUUGUGGAGACUCUCAUGAAGAUUUGACCCAGCUCCAAGUUGAUGAGAGUUAGCGCUCAAACGCGAGAGCGAGAGUUGCAAAAGGCCCAUUUCACACGGCGUACUUUUCAUGUGCCAAACUUAAUUGUAUCCGAUGCGACGCUGGAGCUAUACAAGAACGGAAGUGAUUCAAACGGGGUACAAAAUAUAAUGUUAUUGACAGGGUUGGGGCGCAUUGGCGAGCGAAUCUUAAAUAAAAUGCAAAACAAAUAACUAAAGCCUAUUUAAAAAAAAUUACAAGAUGGCUAAUCUAAUACUAACAAAAUUCAAAAAGUUGAGUUCCAACUCUCACUCACCUUUGAUCGCCAACUUUCAUUCGUCUCUCAUCAAUUCGGAGCUGGUUCAAACUGUGAUGAGAGUUCGCGAGAGUUUUUGUUCGUUUGACUGGUAAUAUGCAGUCAACUCUCAUCAGCUCUCGUUUGUCCUAGGCAUCAGAGUUCACUCUCAUGCAAACUCUCGCUUCUCAGCUCUUAUAAUCUCUCUCGUUUUACGAGAACUUUAAUCACGAAAGCUGGGUUUUCUAGCUGUGAUAUAAUCUUGUGCCAGUGUAGGUACUACAGUGUCAAUCAUAUUAACAAGCUUUCAUUGCUAGGGAUGCAACUAUACCUGAAAACUAUAAGGAGAAUUUCGACGUUUUGAGCGAAGACCCUUCGUCUGGAGUUACUAGCCACUAGCCUUAGUAACUCCUGACGAAGGGCCUUCGCUCGAAACGUCGAAAUUCUCCUUAUAUUUUUCAGGUAGUUGCAUCCCUAACAAAUCAAAAUCAAAUCAUAUAAUAAUUUAUUCAAGAUACAGAGAUACAACUUAUUGUGAUACCAAUGUUCUUGCAGGAGAACCAUGAGGUUGACCCUAUUCGAGUAGUUUCCCUUACCUAAAUCUACGUUAAAAAAUAUUUAUCAAACAUCAGUUCCUAAGAGUACAUGUCCAUAUGCUCUUUCAAUCUACUUUUAAAAAGUGAAAGCCUAUCAGCCUCCGCAACAGGCGCUGAUAAACCAUUCCACAAAUUAAUAAUUCUGACAAAAAAAGAAUGUUGAAAGCAAUUUACUCUAGAUAGUUUUGAGUAUAAUGUAUAUUUAUGAAUACAUCGAGUUUUUCGAAUAUGUCUAAAUUCAAAAACUUCAUCAAAUGAAAUACCAUUAAGUCCGAACACCGUCUUAUAACACUCUAUUAGUGAAGAAUAUUCCCUACGCUUUUGCAAUGUAUCCAGUUUUAGAAUUUCACAUCGACUGUCAUAGGGCAUUUCUCCACGUUUUUGAUUUAACGCCAUCCUUGAGGCUCUUCUUUGUACACUUUCCAAGGCCUUUACAUCUUUCACUAACAACGAACUAACAACGAAAGCUUGUUUUCUAGCUGGCCUUCAACUAACAACGAAAGCUUGUUUUCUAGCUGGCCUUCUUUUCCCGGCUACACGGGAGCUACUGUAUCCCAAUUAUACUGUAUAUAGCACUGUUUCUGCUGUUGGAAAAAUACGAUAGCUAUAGGGAUCUCAGGAAUAUAUUUGCCGUGAACCGGUAGAAUCUCUCAGCGGCCGUGGUUAUACAUCAGGGUGCGCCGUCUGGGUGUGAUAUAUAUGUUAUCUACCGGCUGCGAGGUCCGGAUGAGAAAAACUGUGCCCUAGGUCUUGUAAACGGCCCGAGCCCGAAGGGCGAGGGACGUUUUCAAGACCGAGGGCACAGUUUUUCUCAUCCGGACCGACGCUGCCGGUAAAUAACGUGUUUAUUUUUUAUCAGAUGUAAAAAUUAAAUUCAUUAAAAUUCCAGUGUUGCUUGCGAACUAAUUUGAGAUCAGUGCAGUUGUGCAUUUUCAAAGCGAGGCUGACAAAAAUUGAAAAGUUGAAAGAUAUAAAACACGAAUACGAAAACUCGAGAAAACUGGCAAGAAACACACAAAAAGACGUAUAGUUUCAGUAAAAAUGUACAUACUUUUUUCAUGAAUAUGGUAGCAGAGAAGCUUUGGAAUAAAGACUUUUAUGCCUGGCGUUUUGGCUUUGACAAAAUCAGUUUCUCUUGACAACAACAGGUUCAUGUUCAGAUCCGAUCAAAAACAUAUAAAAAUGAAUCUGUUUUGAUUUAAUCAACGUUUUUCUACUAAAAGAACAAUGAAAAAGGUAUGUUAUUUUUAUAUUUUUGUAUUUUCGCUUGUCGUUUCACGAUAAUACGCUUGAAAAAAGUGUUUUUAAACACAAAUUUUUACUUUUUUUACAAUAUUUAUAUCAGUGAAAAAUGCAUGACACAAAUAGCCAGAGAAUAUAUAUUCGUGACUUGUUUUCACUGCUGCAGUUUAACCUUCUUUUAAAUGGGAGAGCAUUUAUUUUACAAUAUCUGUUUCAACUGUAAUUUUUUCGCUUUUAAGUGGCCAAAUACAUGAGUAUUUAAAAAAUAUGUAGUUUUCUCGACGUAAGUUUUAUACAUGUCAAAAAACUUUCCGACUUUCAGUCGCAUUUCUAUCAAAAUAUUGUCAAUUCUGGUGAACAUCGUGCUUAGUAUGAAGUCUUUAGGGCUUGAUGCAAUUCAUUUUCGCAUUCUGACUAUCGUUAGGCUAUGUUUUUCAAACGUUUUUGGCAGAUUUUUUCGUUUAAAAAUUUUGUUUCACUCCUCGGUUUUUGGCGCGAAAACCAGAGCGGGCAGUUGCAUUUCACAGCGGGCAGUUGCGUUUCACAGCGGGCAGGAUGCAUAAAACCGGCCCGCUCUGAAAGGCUCCUCAGCCAAUCAGAUUGCUUCAUUUUUACUGAGAAAAAAUCCAAUAUUUUUAGUCGUACCUGACUGGUAUACGGCAAUGAUUGUUGCCGCGUACUUGCGCUGGUACAAACUCAAUACUCGACUUAGUUUUUGAAAUGAAGUACAUAUUGUAAAGUACAGUAUGUUCAAAGUCCUAGUUAGAACGAGAAGCACAUGCAAUUGCACUUACAAACAGUCGACCUCAACAUUCCUUAGUGCUAUAGACUUUAUGCAUAACGACGUCACAAGGCGUGAUGCGCGCGGGGAAUUCUGGUCUUAGUAAUCACGGCGGGAAAACCAUCCAACAUGGCCACUGUCGUAAGGUGAGUGUGCUGCUGUUCUUUGUCGUCUUCUAGAGACUGUUCAAGCCAAUGAAGACCCUAUUUCUUUUCAGAACUCUUGCACGGAACUUCAGAGUUGGCAGCCCUGAAAGUAACGGCAACAGUCGCUUUCAUCGACCAGGACGAGUAA